CCUGGAGGGAGGCCCAAAGUUUCCCCAUAUCUCUUAUACAGUGUAGUUGCAUCCGUUGUAUAUCUUACACUCUGUUCUUUGGUAAGAUAUGAGCAAAGCAUAGAGCCCUUCCAGUGUAGUUGCACCCGUUGUAUAUCUUACACUCUGUUCUUUGGUAAGGACAUAUGAGCAAAGCAAGAGCCCUUCCAGACAGACCCUAUAUCGGAGGGUUGUUGUAUGUUUUCUGGGCUGUAUGGCCAUGUUCUACAGCCCGGAAAACAUACAACAACCCUGUGAUCCCGGCCAUGAAAGCCUUCAACAACAGACCCUAUAUCCCAGGAUCCAGGUUAAAACUGGAUUAUAUGAGUCCACACUGCCAGGUAAUCUGGGAUAAACAGAAAACUUGGGAUCAUUUUCUGGGAUAUAGGACCUGUCUGGAAGACCCCAAAAUCCCUCAGCCCUAUUGAGAUGAUGGAUUAUGUAUGCCCUGUUAGGAUCAUAGCUCAUCAGGGUAUAGAUUAUGACCUGUUGGAACAGUGGUUCUCAACCUGUGGGUCCCCAGAUGUUUUGGCCUUUAACUCUCAGAAGUCCUAACAGCUGGUAAAUUGGCUGGGAUUUGUGGGAGUUGUAGGCCAAAACACCUGGGGACCCACAGGUUGAGAACCACUGUGUUAGGAUCGCAACCUAAUGGGCAGCAGAGUUUCAGAGGUGUUCGUUGAGUUUAUUUGGUUAUGGAUGAUCACUGAGGACGUAGAUAUUUGGUUUCUAUUCGAUGCUUUCAGCAGAGAAAGAUUCAAGCAGACUUCUUUAAAGCUUACUAAAAUUCAGAUUUUGGGGAAGAGCAUCAGACCAACCCAUCAGGAAUACAUGGAUAAUUAAAGCUUCCAGAAAUGAACCAGAAAUUGUUACUCUUGCACUGGAAUCCACAAUUUGAGGAUGAUAGAGGAACCCAGUGUUAGAAUGUCUUAGUCUUGCACUUUUGAACCUGCACUGAGUGUCAGUUUAGUUUAUCGAAUUUGAAGAGCAAGCCUGUGCUCAAGUGGACAUGGAAUACUGCUCUGCCUGGAACAAUGAUCAGAAUACACCAGAGCAGCCUCUGUUCUGAAGCCUAAAAGAGCCCCGUAUACAUCCAUUCAUGAAUCCGUGACGUCAGUAGCCUCAGUGUUCUCCUUUGCAGCAGGAUUGCAGGAUUAUAUGGGUGGAAUUUCCUUGCUGUAUUUUACACCGUAUAUGUGUGUAUGUAUAUAUGCAUCGCCAACCAUCUCGUAAUGAAAAAAAUGGAGAAGAAUGAUAGAAAUUACCCAUCAAUGCAUUCAGGCCACUACUUCCUACACUAGGAGUAAACAUCUUGUUUUCUUGAAGCAAUACCUGUGCCUGUUUGCUCCAUGCACACCUACAAUACAAUGACCAGUUCUCAGGAGCCCCUGACCUGGUCUUCCUCUACAACCAUUAUCGCCAAGACCCUCAGUGAAGACAUACAGUUCAGUGGGAUGCAUGGAGAACAUAAACCCACAGCUCUUCAUCCUUCACCUGAGAUUAUAGAGGAUGUACAAGGCAAGGGUUUACUUCAUAACAGUGCAUCAGAGACUAUGAAUAGCUCAGUUGUCACAACAGUAUUGACCAGUGUGAGUGAGGAUUCAAGGGACCAAUUUGAAAACAGUGUGCUCCAGUUAACGGAACAAGAUGAACUGGAAACUCCUGUCCAUCAGGGCAACAAGGACAAUGUAGUUGGAGAGACCAACAGUGGAACAGAAGAUAUCAAAAUCCAGUUCAACAGAUCAGGCAGUGGAAAUGGUGGAUUUCUUGAGGGACUCUUUGGCUGUUUGAAGCCAGUUUGGAAUAUUAUAGGAAAAGCCUACUCUACUGACUACAAGCUACAGCAACAAGAUACAUGGGAAGUUCCUUUCGAAGAGAUUUCUGAGCUACAGUGGCUGGGUAGUGGAGCACAAGGAGCUGUGUUCUUAGGAAAAUUUCGAGCAGAGGAGGUAGCCAUCAAGAAAGUGAGAGAACAGAGUGAAACUGAUAUCAAGCAUUUGAGAAAGCUGAAACAUCCAAACAUCAUUGCAUUCAAGGGCGUUUGCACGCAGGCACCUUGCUACUGUAUAAUAAUGGAAUAUUGUGCACAAGGACAGCUGUAUGAAGUAUUGCGAGCAGGUAGGAAGGUCACACCUCGUCUGCUUGUGGAAUGGUCCACAGGGAUUGCUAGUGGAAUGAACUAUUUACAUCUGCAUAAAAUCAUCCAUAGAGAUCUCAAGUCACCCAAUGUAUUAGUCACUCACAAUGACACAGUAAAAAUUUCAGAUUUUGGUACUUCUAAAGAACUCAGCGAUAAGAGUACAAAAAUGUCCUUUGCAGGGACUGUAGCCUGGAUGGCUCCAGAAGUUAUUCGAAAUGAACCUGUCUCUGAAAAAGUAGAUAUAUGGUCAUUUGGAGUAGUUUUGUGGGAGCUUCUCACUGGAGAGAUUCCAUAUAAGGAUGUGGAUUCCUCAGCUAUCAUCUGGGGUGUAGGCAGUAAUAGCUUGCACCUUCCAGUGCCCUCCACUUGCCCAGAUGGAUUCAAGAUUCUUAUGAAACAGACAUGGCAAAGUAAGCCCAGGAAUCGACCCUCUUUCCGUCAGACACUUAUGCACCUUGAUAUUGCAUCUGCUGAUGUCUUGGGCACUCCUCAGGAGACCUAUUUCAAGUCUCAGGCUGAAUGGAGAGAAGAAGUGAAGAAACAUUUUGAAAAAAUUAAAAGUGAAGGAACUUGCAUACACCGGUUAGAUGAAGAACUUAUUCGCCGCAGAAGAGAAGAACUCAGGCAUGCCUUGGAUAUUCGUGAACAUUAUGAGAGAAAACUGGAGAGAGCCAAUAAUUUGUAUAUGGAGCUCAGUGCUAUCAUGCUACAACUAGAGAUUCGAGAAAAGGAGCUCAUGAAACGGGAACAAGCGGUGGAAAAGAAGUAUCCUGGGACAUACAAGCGUCACCCAGUUCGACCAAUAAUCCAUGCCAAUGCAAUGGAAAAAUUGAUGAAAAGGAGAGGAGUCUGCCACAAGUCUGGAGGCCAAACUAAGCGGCCUGACUUGCUGAAGUCAGAUGGAAUAUCCAACACUGAGGUGCUGCCCAGUGGUUCUCCUCUCUCUGCAAGUCCCAAAAUGUCAACACUUAGUAGCAAAGGACGUUACCGUAGCAAACCACGCCACCGGCGAGGAAAUAGCAAAGGCAGCAAUAAUGAUUUUACAGGGAUCUUGAAAAACCAGUCAACACGAGAUGAUUCAGCUCAGCCUGCUCACCAUCAACAGCAUCUUCCUCACCACCAUGGACAUCACCCUCGGCUCAACCUACAGGGACAGGACAUAGCCAAUUGCGCUAACAAUCUUAGAUAUUUUGGACCGGCUGCAGCCUUGCGCAGUCCUCUUAGUAAUCAUGCCCAACGAAGGAUGUCCGGCUCUAGCCCAGAUCUUAUUUCUACUGCUAUGGAGGCUGAUUCACGGAGAAAUCUGGAGGAGGAGAAGGAUGGGGAGGGCACAGCUAAUCAUUGGGACUGCUGUCAAAAAGGUACAUACAGCCUCUGCCCAGAGUGCAGAAUGGGGACAAAUGGUGCAAACCAAGAACAAUCACUUGAGCCACCUGAAGCACCCUCACAGGAGCCCUUGUUUGCAAAUGGACAGUUUUCUGGGCCAAGGGAGGAAGGUGAAUUUAGCAGCCACAGGUCGGCAUCUUCUCUUGGUUCUUCUCAUCCUGUGAGCACUUCAGGACUGCUGUGUAAAACGCGACCCAUUUCAAAGAGUGGUGACGACUCUUCAGAAGAAGAAGGAGAAGUGGAUAGUGAAGUGGAAUUCCCACGAAGACAGAGACCACACCGCUGUAUCAGUAGCUGUCAGUCCUACUCGACUUUCAGCUCUGAGAAUCUCUCUGUGUCUGAUGGGGAGGAAGGUAAUACCAGUGACCAUUCCAACAGCCCAGAUGAGCUUACCAAGAGGAAGGAAAAGAAGUUGACUCACAAGCUGGAUGACAUGCUGUCACAGACUCCAGAAAUUCCUAUUGAGAUAUCUACUCAAUCUGAUGGUCUUUCAGAUAAGGAGAGUGCUGUACGCAGAGUGAAAACACAGAUGUCACUUGGCAAGUUAUGUCCAGAGGAACAUGGAUAUGAGAAUCCUGGGGAGUUUGGAGAAUCGGGUGGUGACUCUUCAGAUGGAGAAUGCUCCGAUACAACUGUGAGGACCAGUAAAGUGUGCAACUCAGCAACCUUGUAAAGAUGUCACUCUCCCCUCCCUAAGUCAUUGAGUCUCCCAAGAACCUCUCUUCAUUCCUUCUCUGAGAAGCUGUUUCUCCACCCUUUCACCCAAAUGUUCUGCAAUAACUUGAAUCUUUAGAGAAAUGUUCUGACAAAUUGGGUUCUUAGUGAACAUUUCAGUCAUGAAUGGCAGGGAUGUAUUUUAUUGAAAAUUUGAGUUGUUGUAUCCUAUUUUUGACAUUUUAACACUUUUUACACUGAAGACAAAAUAACUGGUUGCAAAAAAAGUUCUGAAGGCAAGCCUGUGAAGGAAAAUAAUCCUCUAGAGUAUUAGAUGAGACAUGUGGGAUCCAGUGCUGCUGCUGUGACAUAGGCAAGUCCAAGUAGCUCUGAAGUGCUGGAAAUAAAGGAAGAUCAAGCAGUGGAUGAACCAAUUGUGAACAAAUGUCCUCAGUAUAACCAGCACAAUGUUUUUCAAAAGGAGGUUCUGGAAAGAUGUAUUUGAGUCUUUGCUCUUCUAGCAUAUGAAAAUGACUGUUCAUCAUGCUUGGUUUUUAAUUCAUAUUUAGUUGGUUUGACGUCCUGCAGCUAUAUUCUUGUCACAGUGUUUCUUCAGCAUUUUUCACCAUAACUUUGCCAUUGUGAGAUCAGAGAUACAGCACUGAGUGGCUGGUAAAUAGAAACCAGUGAAGAUGCUGUCUUGCUCAAUGAUUUCUUUUUCUUUUACAUAUUUUUGCUUCCUUAAGUUUUAAAGAAAUCGAUCAAAUUGGUGUUGAAGAUCAAAAUUUAAAGAAGUGAUGGAAACCACAUUCUACACAAUCUGCAAACUGUUUUGGAGGGAUAAACUGGAACUGUUCAUAUUAUAGCUGUUAUGUUAGGACACAAGAAGGGAGGAUUGCCCUUGGCUAAGGCAAGCAUUGUUAUUCAGCCUGGAUCACACUACUAGCUUCCCUACAGUUCGUCUAGUGCUAUUCUCGUAGGGAAGCAUUGGAAACCUGAUGGCCUUGAUGCAAAGUAAUAUUUAAAAAAUGGUGAUGACUGGAGAAUGCUCUUUAUUGGCGGAGAAUGCCCUUCUGAGGGAACCUAAGCCAUAGGUCCAUCGUGGUGGAUUUUGGACUGAAGAGGACCCAAGACAUUUGCCUUUCCUAAGGGAAAGAAAAAUUCCACCUUCCUUCUGCAAUACCUCAUUCUUCCUAAGCAACUCCCUGGAGUUUAUAAUCAUGUCUCCUUAAACCGAAAUACCCAACAAGAGCAACACAAAAACACUACAAGUUUUAAUUUGGUUUUAUAACCAAAGUGUGAAUAAUAAUCCUGGCUGUGCUCCCAUUGUGUGUGUAGUUAAUUAUAUUCAGGGAAGAAAGGCUCUUUGUGUGGAGUGUAAAAUUGUAGCAUAGGAAAAUUCAUAUUUAAGGUAGUGAGCACCAGUUGCACCCUUCACCCCACCCCCAACAUGGAGGAGAAGGAUGGCUUGCAUUCUUUGUUGAUAUUUGUUUACAUUUGAUUUCCUUUAAAAAGAAAUAAUCAAUAGCCUAGUGACCGAAUGAAGGGAAAAUACUUUACUAAUGAAGAGAGCAGUAUUGUAUGAGUUAAAUUAUUCCAUAUUUUUGAAGCUUUGUAGCUGGACUACAUGGAUUAUAAAUUAUUUCAUUAUUUAUUAUAAUUUCUGUAGAUUGAAGGCAAGGUUUAUUGUAGCACAACAUACUGGUCUUCAGUUGCUCUGUGGUUUCUUGGGCCAGAAGGAGCAGGAGCCAGGCCAUUUCUUAAUCUUGCUGAUUGCACAGACAUUGGACAAGACAACAUGGAGUGGGUCAGUACAAGCAAGGUGAAAGAGUGCUAUGGCUGCAUGCUGGUGGGGUGGGUGUGAAAUAGCGUGGAAAUAGUCUAUAAAAUUGUGAUUGUGCUUUAGCUUCCCUGCAGCAAUACAGACCACUGUGAAAUUUCAGACUAAGGUAAAAUGAGUCUACUUCACCUGAAAUAUUAUUUUGUUCUGAAAAGAAAAAGUCCUUGCAUUUGGUAUACUUAACUCAAAUGUAUCAGAGUACUGCCCAUUUUGAACUGUUGUUUCUGACAGCCCAUGUUCUUUACCUAGUCGUAAGUAAGUUGAGGAUGAAUUUAUUUGAGGGUUUAUUGAUUCUGCUUAUUCAACACUCCUGUCAUUUCACAAAUAUAGGGACCAAAUCAUGAGAGAACAGUAUAUUUCUGCUCCUUUGAAAUCCAUACCAUUCAGCACCUGAACUUGGUGUUAUUUUGAGAAAUUUUGGUUUUAUUGUAUCAUCUAAACCAGGCAUGGGCAAACUUCGGUUCUCCAGGUGUUUUGGACUUCAACUCCCAGAAAUCCCAGCCAGUUUACCAGCUGUUAGAAAUUAUGGGAGCUGAAAUCCAUCCAAAUCAUAUGGAAAGCCGAAGUUUGCUCAUGCUUGAUCUAAAAGUACUGGUAAUUAACAUCACCCUAAUGUUUUCUUUUGAGUUCUCUACAAUUCUUUUUGGCCACUCUGCUCUAUUAUCACUAACAUAUUUACGUUGUGGGCAUCUUACUUAAAAGGCUGAUAUGGGCACACAUCGAUGAACCAAUAACUGUUUUUAAACAGCCUUUGCAAGCAAGCAGACUAUUUGGCAAUAAACUAAAGAUGCCUUCAUUCGUUGGCAUAAAAAUUCUAGAUUUAACAGCCCAUGGCUGAGUAUGUUAUAUGCAAGAUUUUUAAUGCAGCAAAGUGAAGGAUAGUUGAAAAAUGUUCAAAAGCACUGUGCUAUUUGUCAGUAUGAUGUGAUUGGAAAUUAUUUUAAUGCUGACUUCUUUUUUUUGUAAAUCUCUCCUUCAGCAGUUUCAUACUAAUGUAGACCUCUCAGGUUGGACAGGCAAGACUUCUCUGGGUUUUAAAAAAGAAAUUCCUCAUCCUUUAAAUGAAGAUGUUGUCCCUGGAGUCUUAUGAUGUAAUUUAACACUGAAGUGCACCCCCACAACCCUAAAAGUCUCUAAAUUAGUAAAUAAUGUGUUUAACAUAAUGUCUGGCAGUAAAUUGGUUUUUUGGUAUUUGCACAUAUCUUGUGUGCAGGUGCUAUGCUGCAUGUAAUUCUUUAAGACAUUACCUGAAGGUUCAGUUCAGUCAGCCUUCCAUAUUUACAGGUUUGACUUUUGCAGAUUUGAUCAUUCAAGGCUUUGACUGAAGUAUUCUCUCUAGAAGGUCUCAGCUCUCCAGUGUGACUCUAUGAUUAACUUCCACCAGAAAAUGACCAUAGGGUCAUGAUGGAGGACCUAGAGAUUCAUAUAGAGAACACCUUUCUAGGAAUUUCUAGGUCCUCCAGUGCAAUUCUGUGGCUAAUUUCUGAUGAAGAUUAACCACAAAGCCCUGCUGGAGGAUCUAGAGAGGAGCUAUCUCAGCUUUAAAAAUUGCCUAUUUUUAUUCAUGCUUUUCCCACUUUUACACAGAUUCUGUGACCCUAAUCCCAGUGAAUCGGGGUUCCUAGCAGCCCGAAUCUCUAAAAAUAUACAUUCUCCUCAUUAGUACGUGUUUUGUAAUUUCCCCUUAAUACUUAUAAACAAGUCAUCCAGUUUUGGCUUUCACCCUCCCUGAGAACUCAGGGCUACAAGAGAACUUGAUUGCAGAAGUGUAGUGAAUUCUGGCUCCUAAGAAUGUAGUACUGUAAUUAGAAUAUUUUAUGUGCUGGGGUGGGUGUGAGAGGGGGGAAUAAGACCUUACUAGACUGGAUUCAGCAGUAGAACAUUUCAAACAAUCAGAUAGACAUUAUAUGUGCUAUUGAUUGGAGAUUUACCCCCAGAUAUAUUUCCUUUUAUCCAAAUUUCUUCCAGAGGUAAGCAGGUGAAAAAGUAUUGCAAUUUUAGGCAUAAUUGAGUCACAUAGUGCUAUUUUUACUUCUGCGGCUCCCCUGUGUUAUCAGCUCUCAGCUUUAGGGCACUCCUAAAUGCAUAAUUUUGAAUAUUUGAGCAAAUUCAAUAUUGUGGAUGCAAAGAGAUAAUAGUUUACAAACUAAGCGAAACCAAUUACAUUUUUAAUGUUAAAAAAAUCAGUGCUGGUAUAGAACUGAGAGCGAGGCUACAUGCUACGACAAUCAGAGCAUGCAGCUGAAAGUGACGUAGUUGCAGUGAGUUCUGCCCACACAUUUGUGUUAUAAUACUUAACUGUAGGACUUCCCACGUGAUGGAGUAAUAUCACAUUGUGAAUUUUCUGAUCCUCCCACUGUGCUGUUACCUGCCUCUGCAACAUGUUUCAGUGACAUAAACAUGUAAGCAGAGAUAUGAUAUAGUACAAUUAUAACAAAAUAUAUAACAAAAUUACAACUUAUUAUUAUAUUAUGUUAAUUUAUACCCCACUUUCUCUCUCUAUAAAAGAGACUCAAAGAUGUUAUGCUUCAAAGAAGACGGAAUGGCUAACCAUAAAAUGUGAAUGAUGGUGAAUGUGCUCUUUUCAUAUUAACCUAGCAGAUGAAUUUUAAAUCAAGAUGGGCAGUAUUUUCUAUUGAAGAUGGCAUCCUCACAGUUGGUGUGCGGAAGCCUAUUGUAGUGGGGUGUGGAAUAAGAAAUAGGUGUGCCUACACCUCUCUGUUUUUACCUCUCCCCUUCUCUUCUUCCCUUCCUACUUAGCAGGCGGAAACCUGAACUGAUCACUUGCAGAGGGCUUUUGAAAUUAGAUUGGGGUCUGCAGAUUGACCACUCCUGUUUUAAAUGGUUAAUGUUGUAGAGUAUGCAGAUUAUGUUUUUAAGAUUUUCUCUUAAAGAGUGAGGGCUAAACACUUUUUAAUAUGGAAACAGACUCUCAGGUAUUUUGUGUGACUUUGGGUUCUUAAAAGAGCCUGCUGUGUUCUAUAGGUCCAAUAAAAGGUACUACCUAAACGUCCUUGCUUCUCUGGGAACAACACUCCAAAGCAUGUAACUAUUCCAAGAUGUCAGAACUAAUAGAAGUAAGCAAUACUGGUUUUGAGAUAUACACACUGUGUUGUACUUUCCUUUUUCGUAGAAAACAUUGUCAAGCUAGCACAAGGAAAGUUUUCUUAGUACACCAACAAAAGUGCAUUAUUCUAGGGAAGAAAGUAGUUGUCUUGUGUUAACUGUCAUGGCAUUUUAGAAAUUAAAGGGAUAGAUGGUGAUUUAUUGAAAAGUAGAACUGUUUAUCUGAAAGCAAUAGACAACACACCCACAUACUAUAUGUACAACUAUCAAAAGUGAAACUUCUAUGUUAUGACCAUUUUAUGCAAGAGCAUUACAAUAUUAUAAGGUUUUGUGAGUAAUGGCACAGCAACAGUGUAAUGAUACUUGGAGUAUGUAAUGCAAACCAGAGACAGCUUUUGGAGGUCAAUAACUUCUUCUGGAUAUUUUCAAUACUCUUAUGACAUAUUCUUAAUUACUGGGUCCAGCUAUGGCACAAUCAGUGUGGUGGCUAUUGGUUAGUGGGAGUGAUUGGUUUACAUGUCAUAUAAAAUGAUCAUUUCAUCUCCUAUGCUAUCUCUUCUCCUAUUCUAUGGCUUCCUGAGGCAAACUUGAUUUUGUUUUUGUAUUGAACCGUGUAUAACAAUUGGGAACAAGACUGACUAUCAAAACAGAUGCAUGGAAUAAAAGCCAGUGUACCUCA